UCAUGUGGACACAGUGAAAGUCACAUUAGCAAAAUCUCAAUUUAAUAUGAUUCGUCCAGCCGAGUCUCUCCUGAAGUACGACAAUCCUGUUCUUGUUAGCAACACCACAGAACAGAAGUCACCUAAGACUAGGCCUUUGAGAGUUAGCCCAUCACUGCCUGUCAUAACAAGUCCAGUUCCCCCUCCACCAAGGCCCAAAAGUUUGGAAGCAGAUACUAGCAAACAGCAAGUAGAGGAGAUCCUCAAUGUCAUCCUGCCUCCCAGAGAGUGGAUAGAUGGCAACAAACUAUGGGUGCAGAAGGUGUCAAGCGCUCCAUGCACACGCAUGGAUGUAGUGCACCUUCAGGAACAGCUGGACCUGAAGCUGCAUCAGAGACAGGCGAGGGAAACAGGCAUCUGCCUCAUCCGCAGGGAUCUCUACUCACAGUUCUUUGAUGAACUGAUCAGACAGGUCACCAUCAAUUGUGCAGAGAGGGGUCUGCUGCUACACCGGAUUCGAGACGAGAUCCUCAUGACAAUUGCGACCUACCAGACACUGUACGAGAGCAGCGUGGCGUUUGGCAUGAGGAAAGCGCUAUUAUCUGAGCAGGGCAAGUUUGAUAUGGAGAAGAAGAUCAUGGACCUGGAGAACGAGAAGAGGGAACUCGAGCGACAAGUGAAUGAACAGAAAGCCAAGUGUGAUUCCACUGAGAAAAGAGAGGCAGAGAGGAGACAGGUGGAGGAGAAGAAGCACAUGGAAGAGAUUCAGUUUCUUAAACGCACUAACCAGCAGCUCAAGACUCAGCUGGAUGGAAUCACUACUCUAAAGAAGUGAACUGCAAUAUUUCACAAACGGCAC